UUCAUUAAGACUCGUGGCCGCAAGCAGCGGUCUAAUUUUCUCUCCCAUCCUUCAUCUUGUCUUCCUCUUUUCGCCCCAUCGCCCUUCCUUCCAUUCCCCCUCUCUCUUUUUCUUUUCUUUUAUUCUCUGAAAAUUAAAAGAGAGAGAGAGCGAGAGCGCUAAGUUAUAUCUAUAUAUCUAUAAAAAUAUAUUAUGAAUAAUAGGUUGUCGUCUGGAAAACGUUCAGGCAAUUCAAUGAAGAGGACGACAAGCGUGACAGGGCUGUCCAUGGAUGUCCGAGGCCCAAUUAUAUCCAAUGGUUCUCCCUCUAGACUAAGCCCUUUGCCUGAAUUCCCAAAAGACAACUUUGUUUUUGAUGAAAAUUUCUUGUCCUUGUUGUCGCCAACAAGUGCAGAUUCUGGAAGGUCACCUGUUGCUGAAACUGCUCCUUUCUUGCGCUUUUGUUGCCUUUGUAAUCGCCGCUUAGCUCCUGCUCGUGACAUUUAUAUGUAUAGGGGGGAUACAGCGUUUUGCAGUGAAAAUUGCAGGGAACAGCAGAUGAAGCUAGACGAAAGACAAAGAAGAUUGAACAUGGUAGCUGCAAAGAAGCAAGACCUCCAUUCAUCUUCAACCACCACGACCUCCACCACCGCAGCUCCUCCUUCAAUCGAGACUAUCGUUGCUGCUUGAAAUUUCAACUUCAUUUAUUAUCAUCAGUUCAUGAUUCAGGUGGAGUAAUCUCAAUACAUAUAUCAUUAAAAAAGCGAGGGGCAGAAUUCAAACCCACCUAACAAAACAAAACGUAUAUUUAUUUAUUUUAUAUUGUAUAUUUAUUUAUUUUAAAGCCACAAUGUUUGAGUUUAAUAAUAUAAUAUAUCUUCAUAAUUAUAU